AUGUCUUUAAUCGAGUUAUUCUCGUGCCGUAGUUCAACAGAUUCAGGAAGAAAAAAUGACCGAAGAAGAAGUAAUCAAUUUACGACAUCCAUUCCGGAACGGAUUCUACGAGCAAAUGAUCGUGAAUUUAAUGAACAAUUCAAAUAUGCUGAUAAUUAUAUUAGAACUUCGAAAUACAAUCUUAUAACAUUUGUUCCGCUUAAUUUAUUGGAACAAUUUCAACGUCUCGCCAAUUUUUAUUUUUUGAUAUUAAUGAUUUUACAACUUGUACCAUGGAUUAGCUCAAUAGCAUGGUACUCAACUGCCAUCCCAUUAUUUGUUGUGCUUAUAUUUAGUGCUGCUAAAGACGCCUAUGAUGAUAUUCAAAGGCAUCAAAGCGAUAGUCAAGUGAAUAACCGAAUUUCGUAUGUUGUUCGAAAUGGGCAAUUAAUUGCGGAAAAAUGGAUGAAUGUUAAAGUUGGCGAUAUAAUACGUAUGGAAAAUGAUCAGUUUGUUGCGGCUGAUUUACUCUUGUUAUCAACUUCCGAGCCUCAUGGCUUAUGCUAUAUUGAGACGUCAGAACUUGAUGGUGAAACGAAUUUAAAAGUUCGGCAAGCAUUACCAGAAACAUUUGCCAUGGGCGAUAAAUUACUGCAAAUAAGUGAAUUUGAAGGGCAAAUUCAUUGUGAAAUACCAAAUAAUAAGUUGAAUCAGUUUGAGGGAAGGUUACAUUAUAAUGGUGACGUUUUACCGCUUGAUAAUGGGAAAACUUUACUGAGAGGUUGUGUAUUACGGAAUACUCGUUGGUGCUAUGGAGUAGUAAUAUUUGCAGGAAAAGAUACCAAACUGAUGAUGAAUAGCGGGAAAACAAAAUGUAAACGAACAAGUUUAGAUCGAUUUCUUAAUAUUUUAAUUAUGGGUAUAGUCGUAUUUUUGAUAGCGAUGUGUCUUAUUUGUACGACAUUGUGUGGAAUUCGCGAAUGGACAAUUGAGCGUCAUUUUACUAUUCAUUUAAAUUUAGAUGGUUCAGUUAUUCCAAAUCAGAGUGAACAAUCAUCAGAACAAAUUUCCAUUUUAUCAUUUCUCAUGUUCUUCUCAUACCUUAUCUUGCUCAAUACUGUUGUACCUAUUUCACUUUAUGUAAGUGUUGAAAUAAUACGAUUUGUUCAUUCGAUGUGGAUUAAUUUUGAUGCUGAAAUGUAUUACGAAAAGGGCGAUAUUGCUGCACGUGCACGUACCACGACGUUAAACGAAGAAUUAGGUCAAGUUCAGUAUAUAUUUAGUGAUAAAACAGGAACUUUGACGCAAAAUACCAUGGUAUUUAGGAAGUGUUCAAUUAAUGGACAUAGCUACGGUGAUAUAUAUGGUGCUAAUGGUGAAGUAAUUGACGUAACGGAGAAGACACCGGCGGUUGAUUUCUCGAAGAAUCGUUGGUUUGAACCGAAUUUCAAGUUCUAUGAUCAAAGAUUACUGAAAGAUACAACCAGAGGACUUUACGAGGUAGCAGAAUUUUGGCGACUUUUGGCUCUGUGUCAUACUUCCAUGCCGGAACGGAAGAACGGUCGCUUGGAAUAUCAAGCACAAAGUCCGGAUGAAGCUGCUCUUACAUCUGCCGCACGAAAUUUUGGAUACGUUUUUAAAUCUCGUACUGCUCAAACUAUCACGCUGGAAGUAGCCGGCUCCGAAGAGGUAUAUGAUUUAUUGGCAAUCCUUGAUUUCAAUAAUAUCAGAAAGCGGAUGUCAGUAAUUGUCCGAAAUCCUUCGGGUGAAUUAAUACUUUAUUGCAAAGGAGCAGAUACAAUUAUACUUGAUAGGAUAUCACAUGAUACGGCACCGUUACUGAAGAGUGCAACAAUUCAACAUCUCGAUAAAUUUGCUGCUGAUGGUUUUCGAACAUUAUGUUUAGCAUAUAAGAAGAUUAGCACUGAUGUUUUUGAUAAAUGGCAUGAAAAGCAAAAAGAAGCAGCAGUUGCAUUGACGAAUCGUCAAGAACAAUUAGAUAGGGUUUAUGAUGAACUGGAACAAGAGAUGAUACUUUUGGGAGCUACAGCAAUUGAAGAUAAACUUCAGGAUGGUGUUCCGGAGACGAUAGCAGAACUUGCUCGUGCUAACAUCAAAAUUUGGAUUUUGACGGGUGAUAAACAGGAGACGGCAAUCAAUAUCGGUUACUCGUGCAAUUUGUUAACGGAAAAUCUUCGAGAAAUCUUUAUUAUAGAUGGUGAGACGGAACGUGAAGUUGAAGUUCAACUGAAGGAUGUACGAAGGCGAAUCGAACAAACUCUUGGCCCGCCGUCGUCUAUGAAAACAAAUGCCGUUAUGAAAUAUAUUCAACAAAUAAUAACCAAAGUGGAAGAGGCUGAAAAGAGUGAAUGUAAAUCGGAUGGGCGCUUUCACAAAACGGAUUAUUUGUACACCACGGAUGACUUCUGUUCGGUUUGUGAAAAUGCGCCAUUGGAAGGCGUUCUGUUAAAUGCUAAAGAGGAUGCCUUAUUAAACGACGGGAAAUUUGCUUCUCAAUACUCCAGUGAUACUGUCACAGAGAAUAAUGCAGAAGUGCAAUAUCGUCUUGGCGCUGAUGAAUGGAAAAAUUUAGAGGGUUAUGCAUUGGUCGUUAAUGGACCAUCGUUAACAUAUGCCUUGAAAGCAGAAUUGGAAAGGACAUUUCUGGAUAUCGGAUGCUUAUGUCGUGCAGUAGUUUGUUGUCGUGUUACACCGCUUCAAAAGGCAAUGGUUGUUGAUUUGGUGAAAAGAAACAAAAAAGCAGUGACGUUAGCUGUUGGUGAUGGUGCAAACGAUGUGUCGAUGAUUAAAACGGCACAUAUUGGAGUUGGAAUUUCAGGACAAGAAGGUAUGCAAGCUGUGUUAGCAUCUGACUACAGCAUUGGCCAAUUUCGUUAUCUGAGAAGGCUUCUGCUCGUUCAUGGUCGUUGGUCGUAUUUUAGGAUAACAAAAUUCUUGCGAUAUUUUUUCUACAAAAAUUUCGCUUUUACACUUACACACUUUUGGUACUCCUUUUUCUGUGGAUAUUCUGCACAGUCCAUUUACAAUCCAGUUUUGAUUGCUUGCUAUAAUUUAUUUUUUACAUCAUUACCUGUUCUUGCAAUGGGCAUAUUUGAUCAAGAUCUAGAUGAUAUAUGUAGUAUGAAAUAUGCGAAACUUUACAUACCCGGUCAAUAUAAUUUAUUUUUUAACAUGCGAAUUUUUAUAUAUUCUGUCCUUCAUGGUAUGAUCAGUUCUUUGGUGAUAUUUUUUGUACCGUAUGGAAUACUAUACAACGGUGUGGAUUCAACAGGCCGAGAUUUCAAUGAUUAUUCAUUGUUAGCAUUUACGUGCUUCACAUCAUUGAUUAUUGUUGUUACGGGCCAAAUAGCAUUUGAUACAAGUUAUUGGACUAUUUUUAAUCAUAUUGUUAUUUGGGGUUCAGUGAUAUUCUAUUUUUCUCUUAGCUAUAUUUUAUACGAAGCUUUACCCAUAAGGUUGGUUUCAAAACUUGAAUCAGCUCAAUCAUAUGGCAUCAUGCACCGAGCUUUUGUAUCACUACAAUUUUGGCUUUCUCUUCUGAUGGUAUCCGUUAUUUUGCUCCUACCGGUACUUGUUCAUCGGUUCUUCUGGUUGGAUACACAUCCAACGUACGCUGAUCGACUUCGAAUGCAACGGAAGGAUUUAACUUCUGUAGAAGAAGAGAAACCACAAUCAUUAACGACGGCAGUACCGCAUUCGACAACUGGUCGAGGUCGUCGAACUUCAUUACGUUCAGGAUAUGCAUUUUCCCAUCAGCAGGGCUUUGGUGAUUUGAUUAUCAAGGGAGAGUUGUUCAAACAGGUGGAACAACUUGUGAAUUCCGGAAGUUCACCGCAAAAGAUUAUUUCACCUAUUCGGCAAUUAGCAGAGAAGGGAACAGCUACUGUGCUCACACCAAUAACAUUUUUUUCACAAAGAAGUAACAAAGUAGCACCGCUAAAACAAGUUAAAGAAGAGGUCAGAUGCAUGGAGCACACUGAAUCUAGGCCAGAAGGCCUUCCCAAAAUUUCGAAAGGACGGAAUGUGUGUAAUACUUACAAUGAAGAUAGAGACGAAGAUAAGGAUGUUAAUAUACCGAAAUCAUCACAAUUUUUGCACAAAAUUAUCGUUAACGACGAUGAAGAACUUCCUUUCAAACAUAGCGAUGAUGCUGUUCAUAGGAACAGAAAAAUCUCACUGAAACAACAAAAGCAAUCAAUUGAUAUCGUUUUGGGAUCAGUAAAUCUGACUACACCAUCUUCUCCUUCAUCGCAUGCUAAUAUGAAACGUGAGACAUUCUUGCAUUCCCUUCAUUCUGCAACAUAUCCGAAUUCGACCGAUUCUGGAUCGACUUUAAAUUCGCCAAAUGUCUGUGUUGAUAUUGUAGGAGUUAAGUCAGCUACAUGUGAACCACUGAACGAAACAAGAUUGUAAAAUUCCCAAAGCCAAAUUAGUUAGCCGAUGAUGUACAUUAUUGAUACGUUCUCACCUAGUCAUUUUUUGUUUUCGGUCUUUUUUUCACUUCAUGCUGUGAUACCCCUAUGGCUAUUUCCAUUUCAACUCUUGCCUCUUGCCUUUGUUUCCAGAUCUGCGUGUUUCCGGCAUCUUUUAGUUUAAA